AAGUUUCGCCAUGCGCGUUCCCCUCCUGCUUGCCGCCGGCGCCGCCGCAUGCUCAGCGUUCGCUCCUGCUGUGCCAUCCGGCACUGGGCUCACCUCCCUCAAGAUGGCCCAGGCUGCUCCUCCUGCCAAGCUUCCCCUCCCUAAGGCUAAGGUCAACGCCUUGGAGGUCAACAAGAAGCAGUGGGGAAUCGAGGGAGCUCCUGCUGCUUCGGCUGCUGCCCCUGCGCCCAAGGCUGCUCCUAAGAAGGCUGCUGCCAAGGCUGCGGCUGCUGGCAGCGACAGCUCCAUGGGCUUCACCGGAGUCCCCAACGACUUCUUCCGCCCUGGACAGUCUGCCUUUGCUGCCGAGCCAGCUACCCAGACCUUCCUUGGCAUGCGUGGACCCCGCGCUGAAGGCCACAGGGAGAAGUUCGGCGGAAAGCACGCCGCUGUUAGCUUGGCCAUGGCUGCCCUCCUCUUCCAGCCCAUCUCCCAGGCUGGCAUGUACUCCAUGGAGGGAGGCUCCCUCUCCAAGCAGUCCUUCUCUAACCUCGAGGUGCCCGGAUUUGGCAACGUGAAGAAGGUUCCCACCAUCGAGUCCUUCUUCCCCUUCUCCAAGGCCGGCUUCGAGGCCUCCCCCGUGCUCUUCUCCAAGAACUCCAUGGUCGUCGUGGAGGACCCCCGCGCUGGAUGUGGCGCCAUGUACUCCGAUGGUGCUUGCCACACCUUCCUUGACGAGAUGUCCGAUCUCCUCAAGAAGAAGCCCGAGACCCUUCCUCGCUCCGAGGGCAAGCCCCUCUACUUCACCCAGUGGUCCUACGAUCACGCUGCCUGGAACGCCAAGAAGUAAAGGAGUGCAAACAUUUAUUUAGUUAUUGUUGUCGGUAAAUCGUGUUGGUCUGCAC